AUGCAAAUUUCUAUCAAUAAAGCAAUGUUGUAUGUUUUUGACUGGCAAUUACAUGCUCCUUCUGGCAAUCUUACUGAUUUAACACAAGGAGAUGAAGUUAUUAAAGUAUAUAUUCAAGAGAUACAAGGAUGUCAAACAAUGACUCCUUAUAUAAUUCCAAUUCUUCAACAAGGUCAACCAUUUGCAUCACUUCAAGCUCGUUUACUUUAUGAAAAACAUGCAUGUUCAAAACCAUAUCCAUAUGUUUUUGUUAGUGUAAGAAUUCUACGUGGAUCUACAGGACGACUUAUAUAUACAAGUGAUUUUAUGCUAUCAGUACCUUAUGAUGCUAAUAAAAUUAUGAGUCGUAUACCAAUUUAUCGUGUAUGGUAUUCGGAUGAAAAGUAA